AUGUCGUUUAUACCCAACGUUCUCAUCAUUUACGCUGUCAGAGUUAAUCCGCACAUGCACACUACUACUAACUACCUCAUAGUGAACAUGGCAGUCGGGGAUUUACUGUCAACAAUACAUAUCACAUCAACAACGCUGUAUUAUAAUAGCUAUCAGACAAAUGAAAUAGAUACCAUUGCAAGCAUCAUGUGCUACGUUCAAGGAGCUUCGUUUUUUAUUUUYAUGCUCUGCUCCAUUUUCAGUCUCGUUGCCAUCACCUUUGAUCGAUUCAUGGCUGUCGCUCGACCACUCAAGUUCAGGAACCAUUCUUCCAGGACCAAAUACAYCAUUCUAGGCAUUUGGGCAGCAUCCAUUGCCGUUCCAGCCAACUAUGUGGUCAACAAUCUARAACUUUGCUCAAUACAAAACAAGGUCAUAUGCACUCCAAUUGAAUCUKCUUUCGAUGGAAUUUUCAUCCUGUCCAUUGGGUAUAUUCUUCCCCACGCCCUAAUAGUCAUUUUGUACAYGAUAAUGGCCUACAAGCUCUGCACAAGGAAAGUCCCAGGCGAAAAUUCUCAAGAAGGCAAAUGUCAGACCGCUGCCCAGAGAGUUGCCAGAAAAGUUACAUACAUGAUAGUUUGUACUAUUGUGGCUUUCGACGUAUCGUGGGCUCCGAUAUUUCUUGGCUUUGUCUUUCAGUUUUUGUCCUAUGGAUACCAGAUCAUACCAACCAAAAUCUUAGUAGCGUACACAGCUCUCAUGCUUUGCAAUGGGUUAUUCAAUGCCACAAUUUAUACAAUAUUUAGUGAAAACUUUAGAAACGCUUUCAAAGAUGUUCUUUUUAACAAUUGUAUCAUAUCUUUAAUACGGAACUUGAAAAGAGCUGACAGAGAAUCAGGAUGA